AUGGACAGGCUUAUCAAGGUAUUGCAGCAGCCGGAGGUGAAAAAUGAUUUGGACGAGGCAUACAUCGUCAGACUCAGUAAGGACCUAAAGCGUGUACAGGAGCAUACCAAACAGGCAGACAGAGCAAUCAGGUCAUUUGAUAAUAGUUUAGAAGCGUCUGCCUCACUUGAAAAACGAAUCAUAGCAUUGUAUGUCUCCUAUGGUAACAUUCCAUACACUCCCGACAAGAAUGACACCAUAGCGACAGCAGCUACUUCGGUUACUCUUGAAGAGAUGGUUGAAGAAAAGAAAAAGGAGGUAUCAAAGUGUAGUGAAGAGAAUGCCACUACAGAGUUUGAUUUCACCACAGAAAUUGCCGAAUUAAAAAAACAGCGAGCUACUCUACUUCUGCAAAUUGAAGAAUUGAGCCAUUUGAUAAAUAGGGAGUUCAAAUCGCCCUUGCCCGCCAAAAUAAACGAGUCUUUGGAACUACAGAAAACACUCUUCAGCUACUUGAAGAAAGUUUUGAUCAAAUAUCUUGCGAUUUCAGAUCGUGUUUUGGGAUCAGUCAACACAAAAGAUCAAGUGAAGGAAAAAGUAAGAGUUUUAUGCAACUUCUUUGAAGCUCUAUUGACAGGGCAAUGGAUGACUCUUCCCGAGGGUGUGAGCACAGUGGUGGAAAUUUUGAUGCGAGAUGGAGUACUAUUGCAUCGUGACAACCAAGUGAAGUUGAGAGGAUUUGAUGGUGAAAUUUGA